AAACGCUACAGCGCUAUAGAAGUAGCUAUCGCUUGCUAUAUAGUGUAAGCGUCAGGCGUUAAAUUGUAACUAACUAAAAGUUACCUUUUAAAACACUAUUUACUGCAGUACGAUAACCAUCAAACAAACGUAGUUUGGUUAGCUACAGUAACGGCAUUAUUGUAAGCAUGGGCACAGCAGAUAUUUUUGCAAGCUGCUAAUAACUAGGUAGCAAGCUCUCCGUGAACUACUAGGUCACAUUAGCUAGUUAGAUAACCAAUCAACGGACUGACAUUUAUUAGAAAAGCUAGCUAGAAAAACAAACCACAACGUUAAAACAUAGCUAGCUCUUUAGCUAGUGUUCAGAGGUUUGCUUCACAAGCUAAGUGUUAGCAAGAUACGUUAGCCAGCUGAUUAACUGCAUGUUAGCAAAGAACAGCACAUAUUUGUAGCUAACCUAACCUAGCUAAGUUAGCUAGCGUUACCUAACAAACAGCUGUGGCUGUUAAGUUGCCGUUAUUUUACCGCACUACGGACCUUUUAUUGAUUCCCCAACAUUCUUUAGAAGACCGAGGCGUGUGUAGUGGAAAACAGAAAAAGCGACCAUGUCUUUCAGAGACUUAAGAAAUUUUACAGAGAUGAUGCGUGCACUGGGCUACCCACGACUCAUCUCCAUGGAGAACUUCAGAAGCCCAAAUUUUCCUUUAGUGGCAGAGAUACUCAUUUGGCUCGUCAAGAGGUAUGAGCCGCAGAUGGACAUCCCCGGUGACGUGGACACAGAGGCUGACAGGGUAUUCUUCAUCAAAGCUGUGGCUCAGUUCAUGGCUACGAAAGCACACAUUAAGGUGAAUCUGAAGCGUUUGUACCAGGCAGAUGGUUAUGCAGUAAAGGAGAUGCUGAAGGUCACCAGUGUACUCUACAAUGCUAUGAAGACUAAAGAGAGCAGCACCAAUGACCACAACCUUGACGACAACAGCAGCAAGUUUAAAUUUGAUCUGGGUUCAAAGGUAGCAGAGCUAAAGGCAGCACGGUUGCUUGGCUCUGCGAUCACGGCAAAGGGGGCUUCUCUCUAUGAUCUGUUGGGUCGUGAAGAGGACCUGAGAGAGAGCAGAACUGCAGCCAUUGCACGGCCAUUGGAGAUCACAGAAACGGAGCGAGCACUCCGAGCGGCAAUUAAAGAUGUCAUGGAGAACGUACAGAAGACCAAUGAAAUGUUGAAUAACACAUCAUUGGAUGAAGCGAGCUUAGAUGCCAAAAUUGAGAAGAAAAAACAAGAGCUAGAGAGAAACCAGAAGCGCUUACAAACAAUGCAGAGUGUCCGUCCUGCGUUCAUGGAAGAGUAUGAGAAGAUAGAGGAGGAGCUGCAGCGGCAAUACGACACGUAUGUGCAGAAGUUUCGCAACCUCGCUUUCCUGGAGGAUCAGCUGGAUGACUACCACAGACUGGAGCAGGAACGCUUUGAGGAAACUGAAAAUUCAAUUAAAAUGAUGCAGAACAAACUACGAGAGGAGGACAGGAGACUCAUGCGGAGUGGAGUACGGGAGGAAGAUUCUGAUAUGGAUAUCCCAGAAGAUGAAGGCUCAGACAGUGACAUAGAGGAAGGGAGACCACGCAAACCCUUCCCCACCCGUCACGUUCAGUUACCAGGUUAUGCUGGCGCACGUCUCAUUGGCAGCAUGCACGGAGGAGACAGCGACGGGUCAGAGGAAAGUGAGAUUGAUGUCGAUGACGAUGAUGAGGAUGAGGAUGAGGAAAAUGAGGGAAAUGAGGAUCUUGAUGAAGAUAAUGACAGUCUAAAAGUCUCCACUUCUAACCCUGGUCGACCAACCAGAUCUAUGCACCCUCAGAUACUGGACGAGAGUGACAAUGACUUUUGACAUAAAAAGAAACUCUCAUACAAAUAUACAAAUAUGCAAAAAAGAUCUUUCUUUAUCUCGCUCUCUCUCACACACCCACACAACCUGCUAGAAACAUACUUAGCUGUCUUUCUUCAGCUGUAGAGCCUAUUAUCUUCUGCUGGUAUCUUUUUUCUAAACACGACUUUAUAUCAAUAUUUAAAUAUGUUAUGCAAUAAAUGACUAAAUGUAAUAAACUCAAAUGCUGCUUUUAA